GGGAAGGCUGCUGAUACAGUCCAUCCAAGCUGAGAGGUCGAGGUAGCCUCGUCGCCGCAGUAUUUUUAGAUCACUUCUUGAAAGGAAUACAAAAAUGUCGUCUCCAAGUCCGGGCAAGAGGCGAAUGGAUACCGACGUGGUGAAACUCAUUGAGAGCAAGCACGAGGUCACCAUCCUCAGUGGACUCAAUGAGUUUGUGGUCAAGUUCCAUGGACCACCUGGAACACCGUAUGAAGGGGGCGUGUGGAAGGUUCGGGUUGACCUGCCAGAUAAAUACCCCUUCAAAUCGCCAUCAAUAGGAUUCAUGAAUAAAAUCUUUCAUCCCAACAUUGAUGAAGCGUCAGGCACUGUGUGUUUAGAUGUCAUCAACCAGACAUGGACAGCUCUCUAUGACCUCACCAACAUCUUUGAGUCGUUCCUCCCUCAGCUGCUCGCCUAUCCCAACCCCAUCGAUCCUCUCAACGGCGAUGCAGCCGCCAUGUACCUGCACCGACCAGAGGAUUAUAAACACAAGAUCAAAGAGUACAUCCAGAAGUACGCCACAGAGGAGGCUCUAAAGGAGCAGGAGGAGGGGGGAGGCGACUCCUCCUCUGAGAGCUCCAUGUCAGACUUUUCGGAGGACGAGGCUCAGGACAUGGAGUUGUAGUGAAGGGGGAGAUCCUGUCCGCUUCACCUCUCACAACUGACUGUCGUUUCCUAAAGAGCAAAAACUCAGUACUAUAUUCAUAUUUAAACAAGACAAUUUUUUACAGCAACACAAGGAUUUUUAUUGCUAUACAAGGAUUUGCAGUAUGAUAUUGCAGAAUAUUAACCCUUACUUAGGAAUUCAUGACCUGUCACCUGUCCCCUUCCCCCUCCUCUUGACCCCGACAGAGCCUGUUCAGAUCAGAAAGGAGUGCAUCAUUCAAUCCCAUGAUCUUUAGCAGCUUCAGUCAAAGCUCUCAUUGCUUGACUGAGUCUAAACUGAGCAGUGAGGCCAGUGCAGGAGGAAGGAGGACGUCAUCAAAACAAGACUGUUUACACUCAGUUUCUUAUUUGGAUCCACAAGUCAAACCUCACCAGCUUUUCUGUUGUAACAUUCUCAGAGUUUUCUUUAGUUUUUUUUAGUUUUUCAACAUUUCAACAUUUUACUGCAUCAUCAGGCAUCUUUUCCUCACCGACAGAGGUCUGCAGGAUGACAAUCCACUAUUUCUGAGCAGUCUCAAUUUCAGAUGAUCGUGGAUCCCCCCCCCCCCCCCCCUUUUUUUUUUUUUAACAUCACCUUUCUGUUUUUUGACUGGUGCCCUGAGGAACUGCCCUUUACAAUCAUCACUUCUGAGGAGCUGAAGAACCAGAAGGCCUCAGGGCAGUUGCGUGUUCAUCGUGUACAGACUGGCGUGGCUGCAGCAGACGGCCUCUGUUGACAGGACUGCCCUCUGUGCAGACCUGCUGACACAUCACACGUCAAACAACCAAUGCAUCAACCAUGACAACGCCGCAGCGUGUGUGUGUGUGUGUGUGUGUGUGUGUGUGUGUGUGUGUGUGUGUGUGUGUGUGUGUGUGUGUGUGUGUGUGUGUGGAUGUGUGGGUGGGUGUCUCUAGGUGUGUGCCUGUGAGCAUGCAUGAAUGUAAUCCAGGGAGAAUCAUGGCAUAUUGAUAACCCAUGUUGUACUGAACCCAGAUGCUCAGCAGAAGUGGAGGAGAAGGUUCAUAAUCCUGAUCCUUCUCGUCUUCAACACCCACCUCCUCCUCCUCCUCCUCCUCCUCCUCUCCGUUUUAGGAAAGUGUUUGUCAUUCUCUGAGUAUCUUUGUAUAUUGUGGCAUGACACAGAAGUUUGUGUAGGGCUUUGUGGAGCUGUAACGCUGUAGACGUGAAGAGAACGCCUGUGUACAGGGCCCUCUGUGAGCCGGGGCGGGGGUUUGGUGGGGAUUAUUUACUUUGCCUAUUGCUUGUGUUGAACUAUAAUAGGUGUUUGACUUGCGUAGGGAUAGUUCGUUUUUUUGCGGGUGGUGAAUUCUAUCAUAAUGUAUGGUUUAAUACUUAUAUAACACACUAGUUUAAAGACUAAUUGUCCUGUAAAGAUGAGGAGAAUUAAUACAUCUUUGUCUGUGGGAUGACUCUUUGUUGAAUCAAAUCCCCCAAAGACAUGUUGCACCCCUGCACCCCUUUCUUAUGCAAAUGUGUCCAUCAAACAUAAUUUACAUUGUCAGACAGAAGUGCUCUUUGUUUCAGCCAUUCAACACUGUCGCGUUUACUUUUGUCAUGCUGUUGAUGGCCUGUUGUUUUUCCAAAAUGGCGGGACCAAAAUGUAAUGGAUCUGCAAGUUUUGCUUUACAUGAACCAAAAAAAGAAGAAGGAAAAAAAAACACCAACAACACACAUAGGAAGUCCUCCUCAGACUGGAUUUGGGGAUAAAGAGUUUACUCUGAUGUUAAGUGAGAAGAUAAAUGUGUAACAUUUCAAAGUGUCAAACUCUUGAGUGGCCAUCUCAGAUUAGUAAAAACUUAAAUUCAGGCACAGAUUUCUUCGUCUUUAGUGGACAGAUCAACAGCUUUUGUCCUGAUUUACCCCCGAGAAGUUGGCGACUGUGUGGAGGAGGUGAACCAGAGAAGUUUACUGUUAAAGUUCAUGAUGGUUCACUGGUCUGUGUGUAAUGCAGGCUUGAAUCCUUGUACAUGUUUGUAACAUGCGCUCAACGCAUAUUGCAGAUCAGUUUGUAUUAUGUGUUAUUUCUGUGAGGAAACAAAAAGUAUCUUACUUCUUCACCAUCAAAAUGGGCUAUUUUUUCCAGUUUGGAGAAAAAAAAAGAUUAUAGGCAAAAAUUGAAUUAAUAUGAUAUCAGGAUCUCUUCCAUGGUGUCUUGAAAAGAGGGUUUACGUUCAUUUGAGAAUAACAUAGGUUAAUAAAAUUACCAUGUCAUAGUUCUUGACAUGGCAUUAAGAAUUUAUUUGUUAAAUAGCCUAGUUAUAACGGCUCUAAUUAGCCUUGGUAACCAAAUAUAUGUUGGUGUAGGUCUUAGAAUAACAUGAUACACAGUCAGUUGUCAUGUGCAACAAAAACAAACCACUGUCCAGCCUUCUUGUAUGUCAUCAUCUGGAUUCAUCAGUGUAUUAUGUUUUUUUUUUAUUAUUAUUAUUAAUGAGACAUAUAUUUGAUGCCUAUAAUUUGUUUAAAUGUUUUUAUUUUUGUCUUUUAAGCCCAAUGUCCAAGACACAAGUCAAGAUAUCCCUGAUUUUUUAAAGGCAAAAAAUGAAUAAAUGUGCUUCCCUUGUAACUUGAAGAAAGUAAAAAUAAACAAAAACAAAAAAUUAAUAUGAGCUAUGUCAGUAUUAUGCCUCUGUGUAUAACACACUGUCAGGUCACCUCAAGAGCUGAGGAAGAACAUGAGUUUGUGUUUUUGCCUUUUGUUUUCAAAAUGUCAGCUUUGAAAACAAAGAUUUGUUUAACUCGUUUAUCUCGUAGGGCUUCAUACCUGUCACAUACAUAAUGAAUUUAAAGUCAUGUCCUGGGGAUAGAUAGUGUCCUGGGGAAAUUAACACUGACUGAAUGAUUCUAACGCCUGUCUCUCCUCUGUCCACUAGAUGGCAGUCCUGUCUGUCUGUUUUGCAGACUGCACAUGUCCAACAAAGUUAGACCAUUUUUAAAAUAAACUUUGUUUUAUGUCUUUCCCUGUU